CAAUGAUUGGAUGAGCGCGUUGUCCAACAGGAAGUCGUGAUAGAAGACCGUAAGGCUGAAUUGUCACGUGUAGUUGUUCAAAAUGUUGCGGCGAGAGGUGAGACUGAGAAAGGAAUACCUGUACAGGAAAGCCCAGGAGGACAGACUGCGCACUAUUGAAGAGAAAAAACACAAGCUCAAAUCUGCUUUAGAUGAAAAUCAUAUUUUACCCACUGAGGUUCGGAAAGAGGCUUUAGAAUUACAAAAACUGUUGGAGUUUGAUGAUGAGGGUGGAGAAGGUGUUAGCUCUCAUAUGGAUGAUGAAUACAAGUGGGCAGGAGUGGAAGACCCCAAAGUUAUGGUCACAACUUCCAGAGACCCCAGCUCCAGACUCAAGAUGUUUGCCAAAGAAAUGAAGCUGAUGUUUCCAGGGGCCCAACGUAUGAACAGAGGAAACCAUGAAGUUAAAACAUUAGUACAUGCGUGCAAAGCUAAUAAUGUCAAUGAUCUUGUCAUUGUCCAUGAGACCAGAGGCCAGCCAGAUGGUUUGGUGGUAUGCCAUCUUCCUUUUGGGCCAACAGCCUACUUCACAUUGUAUAAUGUGGUAAUGAGACAUGAUGUUCCAGACAUUGGCACCAUGUCCGAGGCCUACCCUCACCUCAUCUUCCACAACUUCACGUCACGUCUUGGCCGAAGGGUGUCCAACAUCCUGAAGUAUCUUUUUCCUGUACCCAAAGAGGAUAGUAGGCGUGUUAUUACGUUUGCAAAUACAGAUGAUUUCAUCUCUUUCAGACACCACACCUACAAGAAAACAGACCAUAAGAACGUUGAGUUGUCAGAGGUUGGACCUAGAUUUGAAAUGAAAUUGUACAUGAUCAAGCUCGGCACACUGGAGAACGAGAAUACUGCAGAUGUUGAAUGGCGGCACCACCCUUACAUGCGCACUGCCAAAAAGAGGAAAUUCUUGAGUGUGGAAUAGCUCUUCAGAAACCUGCCUUGUUCUGUCAGCAUGGACCUUUUCAUUUUAAUACCACCUUCAUAGUGAUCUUUUUCCAUUUAAUUGUGACAUUUAAAGGAUAGAGCAAUUGCUAUCAAUAUUAUGUUGAAAGCUUAUGUCAGUAUUGUAUUCUUAUUGACCCUUCUUCAAAUUAAAUAUUUUGUACAGAAGUCACCUGGACAUAAAAAACGUUCUUUACA